AUGGCCGGCCUUCUACGGCAAGCGAGUCGCUGCUGGUGGCUCGCGUCGCUCGUGUUGCCAGCUGCUCGUUUUUCAGAAGCAGUUAGUGUUAGAAGACUUACGUCCUCUGUGGAGGCGAGGAACGAUGGCGACCCUCCCUUGUUGGAAUCAGUGGAUACUUUCUUUGACCGUGCCGCUGCCAUCUCGCAGGUCUCCUCCGAUAUUCUGGCUCGGAUCAAGGCGUGCAGCACGGUGCUGAUGGUGCAGUUCCCUCUCAAGCUCGCCAACGGAUCCAUUGAGCUCGUGGAAGGCUACCGCGCGCAGCACUCACACCACCGCCUCCCCUCCAAGGGCGGGGUGCGCAUGGCAUUGACGGUGGAUCUAGAGGAGACAAUGGCAUUGGCAGCACUCAUGACCUUCAAGUGCGCGCUCGUCGACGUGCCCUUUGGAGGGGCCAAGGGAGGCAUCAAGAUCGACCCCAGCAAGUACAGCCGGCAGGAGAAGGAGGCGAUAGUGAGGCGCUACACGGUGGAGCUCUGCAAGAGGAACUGCAUCGGCCCAGGCAUUGACGUGCCAGCACCUGACUAUGGAACCGGGCCCCAGGAGAUGGCUUGGAUAAAGGACACGUACUCAUCGCUGCACCCAUCUGACCUCAACUCCUCAGCAUGCGUCACCGGCAAGCCCCUAGAAGAGGGGGGCAUUCGAGGUCGUAUGGAGGCCACAGGCAUGGGGGUCUUCCUUUGCCUUCGGGAAUUCCUUAACUCCAAGGAGCAUGCAGCGUCAGUGGGCAUGCAGCCUGGGGUGCGUGGCAAGACAUUUGUCAUCCAGGGCUUUGGAAACGUGGGCCGUGCUACAGCUGAUGCGGUGACAGCAGCAGGGGGGCGAGUGGUGGGUGUGAUGGAGUACAAUGGGGGGUUGCUGGAUACCACUGGCACAGGCAUGGACAUGGCUGCUCUGCGCCUUUACCAGCAGAGGCAUGGAACCAUCAUGGGCUUUCCACAUGCCACGCAGUUGCAAGAUCCGUCGUCGCUGCUCCAUCUGCCGUGUGAUGUGCUCAUUCCCGCUGCUCUGGAGGGACAGAUUCACUCUCGCAAUGCUGCUGGCAUCAAGGCGCGGGUGGUUGUGGAGGCAGCCAACGGCCCGGUGACCCCGCCUGCUGAAGCCAUACUGGAAGCCCAAGGGACACGCAUUCUCCCCGACCUGCUGGUCAAUGCAGGAGGAGUGACAGUGUCCUACUUCGAGUGGCUCAAGAAUCUUAACCACAUGCGCUUUGGGCGUAUGAGCCGACACAUGGAGGAGAGAGGCAAGGAGGCGCUGGUGGAGGCAUUGGAACGGGAGCUGCUGUUGGGAGAGCGCAUCGAUAGUGAUGUUCGACAACAGAUCAUACGAGGCAACACAGAAAGAGACUUCGUGUAUUCAGGGCUUGAGGAGACCAUGGUGCAAGCAUGGCAUCAUGUUGCCCAAGUCGCCAGUGUCAAG